UAGGUUAAUUAUUAAUCAUCUACACCUCUGGACACCACGGGAAGCGAAAAGCCACCACCCAGCUAGGUGAGGUGUGCCUGCGAUGGUCAUGGGGGUCUCACUGACUCCCCCAGCCCUGGGACGCUGGUUCUGCCACGCGAUUCCUUUAGCUGUCUUCACGCUGUUACUUCUUUACACCAGUGUGCGGCUCUUCCAUGACCGGCCUCUUGUGUUUGCGGCUCCGAGAACCCAGCAGGCCGGCCUGUGGGAACUCAAGCCCCCUUCUCCUUCUCCAGUCCUCACUGCCUUGCUUCGGUUCACCUCAGGUGUCCUGACAGGCUGCAGGCCGGGAAUGCAGUCCUGCAACCCAGAGGGACCGCUGCCUUCCCAGAUCGGUGCAGAGUUGAGACCUCUGGUGGUCCCGGAGAAGGAGGAGCCUCCCUGUCUGGGACCUCAAGGGCUGCUGGGUCGCAUGAUGAGCCCCUUCCUGGCCUGUAUGAGCCCGGAAGGGGAUGUGGAAUUGUCUCAGUACCUGGCAGGAUGGAGGGAGCUACUCAGGUUCCUAACCCCGCUUGGCUCUGUCUUCGCCUUCGCCACCAGUGAGGCCUUCAUCAAAGUGACCGCCCUCGAGGCUCGCGUGCACGGCCCCGAGGCUUCGCACUACACGUCGUUGGCGACUAUGGCGACGUGGGAGCGGCAAGCAGGACUGCUGGAGCGGCCGGGGACCGUGCCCCGAGACCCAGCCGGGUCCUCGGGCUCUCGAACGCUGCUCUUGCUGCACCGCGCGCUGCGCUGGUCCCAGCUCUGCCUCCACAGGGUGGCGACAGGGACGCUCGGAGGUCCGGACGCGGGCGUGCAGUGCGGGGACGCCUACAGCACCGCCCUGGCCGCGCACCACCCCUGGCUCGUCCGUCAGGCCGCCCGCCUGGCCAUCCUCGCCCUCCCGAGUCGCGGCCGCCUGCUCCAGCUGGCGUGUCCCGGAGCCAGAGAAGCAGACGCGCGGGUGGCCUUGGCCCGGGCCGCCCGAGUCCUGGAGGACGUCUACAACCGUACCCAGGGCCUGCUAGCCGGCCACGGCCUGCUCCAGCUGGCUUGAUGACCGCGGUGUCAGGGGACUGACCAGGAAGGCACGGCUGCAGGGAAGGAUCGAAGGCACCCAGGGUCACCAAGGACCGGGCGCCCGGGGGAGCCGUCCUCCUCCGUGACGUCACCACAAUUAAGGCCCGCCCCCAGCAGGGCAGAGUAGGUGGUGUUGGGAUCCUCUCAUCUUCAGCCUCACGAAGCUGGAAGAAGCAAUGAGAAAUAAAG